AUGCAACCUCAUAGCCCAAGGCUCCAUAUCGCUGAUAUACAUUUUUGGCCCGUCAAUGCUAGCCAUCGUCCCCAAGCAAAACUACGCAGAUACAGCAUACCUUCCAUCGAGAAAAUGUCGACUUCGCCAGAUGGAAUUUAUGAGCCGGGCAUCAUUGACCCAGGCUUUCCGGUCAAAAACUCGACCCAGUCAUUUUGGCACUCCGAGCCUUCAUCCAUCAGUAAGCUACGGUCGUCAUGGGUCAAUACCGCCGACAUUGUGAUUAUCGGGUCAGGCAUAACAGGCAUGAGCCUUGCUCGCACCCUAUAUUCAAAGCGCCCUCAGCUUCGCAUCGUUGUUGUCGAAGCUCGAGACCUCUGCUGGGGUGCAACGGGGCGGAAUGGGGGUCACUGCAAGGCUAUGAGCCCCGGAGUCUGGCACGAGCGGAAGCAAGAGUAUGGAGUCGACGAAGCAGUGCGUGUAAUGGAGUACGAGCAUAGCCAUUUAGAGGCAAUGGCUGCCUGCGUCAAAGAGAACGGCAUCGAUUGCGACAUGCGUAUUGUCGAAGGUCUCGAUGUCUACCACGAUCGCAAGAUCUUUCAAAGAGCGCUCGACGCCCUAGAAGAUAUGCGAAAGUACAAGCCUGGUCUCGCGAGUCGAUACACCGUUUACACUUCUAAGCACGAUCUCAGCGCCCGCAAUCUGGAUCUGGACGAGGCCUGCGUGGGAGCAAUUGGCAUGCCUGCGGGUGCCGUGUGGCCCUACAAAUUCGUGACCGGCAUGUUUCAAAAGAUGGUGGACGAGUCGGGUCUCUUGAUACAGACGAACACGACCGUCACCGAUGUGAUUGAGGAAGACGCAAGCGAUUACGCGACAGUCAAGACCGAUCGUGGAACUAUUCGCGCAAUGCACGUCGUCCACGCCACCAAUUGUUGGAUGGGACACUUGCUUCACGAGCUUCGACCGUUCGUUUCGCCCGUCCGUGCUAACGUUCAACGGCACAUACCGCGCCCCAAUAAGCUAAAGAUCGACAACUAUUCCUUCUGGCUGCGAUAUGGUGAACACGAGUAUGACUACAUCAUCCAACGACCCGAUGGCGCCUUUAUUCUGGGCAGAGCGAGUACUGGGCGCAGGGCGACGUCCGACGACAGUGAAAGGGACUUGGUCGCACAUGCCCAUCUUCGUGGUGUGACGCCACAGAUCUUCAACUUUGGAACGCGAACCAUCAACGUGACCCAUGCGUGGAGCGGCUCUGUGGCCUUCACACAGGAUGGAAACCCAUUCGUGGGCCAUCUUCCUUUCCAAAAUCGGUGCCACCAAUGGGUGUGUGGAGGUUAUCAGGGUAUCGGAAUGGUCAGAGCAUUUCGGUCGGCGCAGAUGCUUGCUCUGCUCAUGCUGGGAGAAGGCAUUCCAGAGGACUAUCCACGGUCUAUGUUGCUGAGCGAGGAGCGUGUCCAGAAGUUGAAGCGAGCCACGGGUAGCAAAUUAUAA